CUGGUUACUUUACGUCAAACUGCCGUAUGUCGCAAAACAGCCUAACACCCCACACGUAGUUGGCAGCUACUAUUCACUACAUUAUAUAUCGUUUUAUUUACUAUUCAAGAUAACCGCUACAAUGGAAAUCUUACGUCCAUCAUUGAUCAACAUAAGUGGAAGAGUAUACAGAAGAAAUACCAUCAAAGAAGACCAGUAUGAAGAGGGGGAAGAGGACAACUCCUACAUGGGACCACCAGCAAGUGAACAGUUUGAUGAAGAAGAAGAGUUCUGUGACAGCCACUCCAUAGAACAGAAUGACAAAGGUUUCAGCUGUGCCAUUGAUGUCCCAAGUGUUCUUUACAAAUACAUCAUCGGAAGGAAAGGAGAGACACGUAGAAGGCUAGAGGCAGACACAAAGACAGACAUCGGCAUUCCAAAACAAGGAGUGGAAGGGCAGAUUGUGAUCACUGGCUCCCAGAAGGCCGCGGUUUCCUCUGCCGUGACUCGUGUCGAGCUCCUGGUGCAGAGCUUUCGCAAGAAGCAGCCGUUCACCCACUUCCUGUCGUUCGCUCUUAACCACCCUCAAGUUCAGGAUGGAUUCCUGAGGUUUAAAGAGGAGGUGUUGGAGCAGUGUUCUCAGGACCACGGAGUAGAUGGAAGCAUCUUCCAGAACCCUGCUAAGCUCCAUCUAACAGUCGGCACCCUGGCUCUGCUGAACGACCUGGAAGUGACCCAAGCAUGUAAACAACUCCAGCACUGUCAGGACUUUAUCAAGACCAUCACAGAAGGGAAGCCUCUCCCGCUAGAGGUCACAGGGAUUGAGUACAUGAACGAUGACCCAGCCAUGGUGGAUGUCCUGUAUGCCAAGGUCCAAGUGAAAGAUGGUUCGGACAAGCUGCAGGCCAUUGUGGAGCGGCUGGUGGACCACUUUGUUUCCUCAGGGCUGAUGGUCAGAGAAUGGGACAGAGUGAAACUGCACGGCACAGUGUUGAACACUCUGUUCAGGAAGGAUGCUUCAGCCGAAGCCGCAGGAGGAAGGCAGAACAUGAAGGAGCGGGAGGCCUUCGAUGCCAGGAACAUAUUAAAGAGUUUUGGGUCGUACCAUUUUGGGGAGUUUGAUCUGAAUGCUGUCCAGAUUUCCCAGAGGUAUUCUACUGACUGCACCGGCUUCUACACCUCAGCUGGCCUUCUGAACUUCUCCUGAACACCUCUCCCCUGAAUGUUCACUCAGGUCAGAGGUGAACGAUGAAGCUUCAAGGUGGACUGGACCUGCAGAGAUGAAUGACAGGGUUACAAGGUGGACAUGUCAGAAACUCUAGGGUGUCUCUGUCACCAUGGACUUGGCUGCAGGCGUGGAGAUGCCAGUGGCAAUCAAAUGCCAAUGGAAUUGUGUCAUAAAAUGCUGUCAUUCAUUUCCGUGGGACAUCGUGCUCCAUCUCCCCCAGUCACAUGCUUCCUGCUAAAAACUUGUCUUCCUGAAGUGUUUACAUUUCAACUGGAGUUGAAGGCCUGAAAACAACGUGAUUAUAUUAUUGACACAUUGGGUUAAUGACACAUUGGGUUAAUAAUGACACAUUGGGUUAAUAAUGACACAUUGGGUUAAUAAUGACACAUUGGGUUAAUAAUGACACAUUGGGUUAAUAAUGACACAUUGGGUUAAUGACAGAUUGGGUUAAUGACACAUUGGGUUAAUGACACAUUGGGUUAAUGACACAUUGGGUUAAUGACACAUUGGGUUAAUGACACAUUGGGUUAAUGACACAUUGGGUUAAUGACACAUUGGGUUAAUGACACAUUGGGUUAAUGACACAUUGGGUUAAUAAUGACACAUUGGGUUAAUGACACAUUGGGUUAAUGACACAUUGGGUUAAUAAUGACACAUUGGAUUAAUAAUGACACAUUGGGUUAAUGACACAUUGGAUUAAUAAUGACACAUUGGGUUAAUGACACAUUGGGUUAAUGACACAUUGGGUUAAUAAUGACACAUUGGAUUAAUAAUGACACAUUGGGUUAAUAAUGACACAUUGGAUUAAUAAUUCAUAAUGACACAUUGGGUUAAUGACACAUUGGGUUAAUAAUUAAUAAUGACACAUUGGAUUAAUAAUGACACAUUGCGUUAAUAAUGACACAUUGGAUUAAUAAUUAAUAAUGACACAUUGGGUUAAUGACACAUUGGUUUAACAUUUGGCUCUGAUAUUUUUUCCCUCUAUGGCAUAAGGUUCCACUAUUGUGUUAUGGGAUUAAUCUGUAAAAAAUAUUUUUAUAAUAAACAGACAAAUUAUUCAAA